AUGGUCGAUUUCAGAGGUUCCACGAUGCCACCUGGUUACAGAGCUACAGUGGGAUAUCUCCAGACGUUUGAACUUCCCGAGUCUCUCAGUGGAAAUGCAGCGGAUAAGGCUUUGGGAAAGAGUAUGAUUGAUGCUUGGAGGAAAGACGGUAUUCUACAAAUCUCUAUGGACCCCAUCAACCGCAAGCUCGCUGAUGCAGCGUUUCUUUGCAGUAAGAAAUUCUUUAGUCUGGACUACAACCAGAAGGCGUCUUGCCUAGAUGAUCAGUCUUUCGCUGGCUACAUUGCGUCCGGAGAAGAGAUCACGGAUAACAUCGCUGACUAUAGCGAGAUCUUCACAGUCACUAAAGAUCUUGCAUUGUCUGAUUUGCGUGUUCAGCAGAAGUGGCCAUGUCAUGGACCUUGCCCAUGGCCAUUUGGUCAGAUGAAGACUGUCAUGCAAGCUUACAUGGAUUACCUUGGUGAGAGUGGCGAGAAGAUGCUGCAACUCAUCGCCUGGGGGCUUGGUAUGGAGGAUGGCAAUGCCCUUACAAGGUAUACACAAGACGGCUGGCACCACAUGCGCAUCUUGCGUUUCCCUGAGGCUAAUAACGUAAAUGGUAAGGGGAAAGCCGGACGCGGAAUCGGCUCGCAUACCGAUUACGGGCUACUUGUGAUUGCCGCCCAAGAUGAUGUCGGGGGCCUCUUCAUCCGCCCCCCGAUUCAAGGUGAGACAUUCGCCAACUGGAGAGAGAGUGCAGCUGGCAAGCACGAGGAUACAGAUGGUUGGGUCUAUGUCCCACCUGUGCCUGAUGUCUUCACCGUGUUCCCCGGCGAUAUGAUGCAAUACAUCACCAACUCCUUCCUUCCCUCCACCCCACACAAAGUUGGCCUUAACACUCGUGAACGUUUCGCGUUCGCUUACUUUCAUGAGCCAAACUUCUCUGCCGUUUUGAAGCCUCUUCCAGGUUUUGAAGUUAGAGAAGAUUCUAUUGGUGGAAUCCACUAUGGAACGCAUUUUACGAAAAUGUUCAUGCGUAACUAUCCAACAAGAGUUACCGCUGAUCGAAUCAGAGCUGAGGAGAGAAUGGCACUGUUAGAAUCGCCCAGUCUUCGCGAUCUAUCUCUGUAG